AUGCGAUUUUCCGCAACAACCCUCCUGAUUACCGCGCUGGGGUGGAUCACCGCUGUGACCGCACACACCAUCCAGCUUAAGGCUCACUCGAGAGAAUGCUACCACGAAUCGCUGCACAAAGAUGACAAGAUGACGGUCAGCUUCCAAGUCGGUGAUCGGGAAUUCGGAGGCAGUGGUAAUCUGGAGAUCGACUUCUGGGUUGAGGACCCCUUGAACAACCGCCAGUACUAUAAACAAGCUAUCUCCUCCGAGGACUACUCGUUUGUUGCUCACGCGGACGGUAAAUAUGUCUACUGCUUCAGCAAUGAAGGGUGGACUUCGAACUCUAAGGAGGUGUCUUUCAAUGUUCAUGGAAUUGUCUACGUCCCCGAAUCGGAAAUGCCCCAAGAUCCUUUGGAAGUGGAAGUUCGUCGUCUUUCAGAGGCAUUGGCCCAGGUUAAGGAUGAGCAGUCUUACAUUGUGGUGAGAGAGCGGGUACACCGGAACACCGCCGAGAGCACAAAUGCUAGAGUGAAGUGGUGGAGUAUCUUCCAGCUUGCGGUGCUUAUUGGAGAGGGCAUCUUCCAGGUGUGGUGGUUGAAGAGAUUUUUUGAGGUCAAACGUGUGGUUUAA